AUGCACAGCAGCGCAGAGAGCAGCCAUAAUGAUGGCGUGAAUACGGCGCAGCGCGUACCCUUAGAGAUUGCCUUUAGCGUCGUUGCUGAAUACAUACCAGAGGCCUUUCACGAGGAAGCAGCCCGUGCGGUGGGCAUCGUCGUUUCCGCAAUAGGGAAUUCCAAUUCGCCUGCAAAGGGUUUUGAAGCGCAUUCCGCUUCCUCUUCGCCAUCUUCAAAGAAGACUUCCAAGUCGGCGCGUGGUCCGGUGAGUGCCAGCGUGAGGAAACUGGAGAAAGCGGGGCGGCCAAAAGGCACUCCUACCCUAUUUUCGAUUUUAGGAAAGAAGUAG